UCUAUGUAGUGAUCAUGAAGUAGAAAAAGAAGAGUAAGAAAUUAGAAUCCAAGAAAUUAUACUGGGGCAGUAUCUGAUGGAGUUUCUUUCUCAUCUACUAGCAAUCACAGGGCUUCUAGUUUUAAUUUUGAUGUAUCUAUGGGAGAUGAGAUUUCGGAAUCACACGACGAAGGGCCUCAUGCCCCCAGAACCCUAUGGUGCCCUGCCAAUUAUAGGCCACCUCCAUCAACUAGGUGGCCAAAACCCUCUGUGCCAAAUCUUAGCGACGAUGGCUGACAAUUAUGGUCCGAUCUUUACCAUAUGGCUCGGCAAGAACCGUACCCUGGUGAUCAACAACUAUGAAGCUGUCAAGGAAUGUUUCACCACGAACGAUAGAGCUUUCGCCUCUAGACCAGCUUCUGCUCUGGGAAAACACCUUGGCUACAACUAUGCAGUAUUCGGUUUAGCACCUUAUGGUAAAUAUUGGCGUGAUAUGAGAAAGUUGGUCGUGAUGAAGUUGCUCUCUAGUCGUAGGCUAGAGACUCUGAAACAUGUACAAACGUCUGAGGUUGAUGCUCUUGUUAUAAAGUUAUAUUUAGCUUGGGAAAACAAGGGACAUGAUGGUCCAAGCAUGGUGAUCAGCGAGUUGAUUUAGCACCUAACAUUGAACGUGUUGACGAAAAUUGUUGCUGGGAAGAGGUACUUUGGUAGCGAAAUUGAUGAAGAGAAGAAGAGGUUUGGGAAGAUUAUUAAGGACUUUAUGCACGCAGCCGGUAAGCCAGUUUUUUCUGAUGUAAUUGGGUUUCCAGAGUGGUUGGAUUUUAAAGGGCAAUUGAGAACUAUGAAGAAUAUAGGGAGACAAUUGGACUCUUUGAUGACAAGUUGGGUUAAAGAACAUAUUACGAAGAAGCAGAAGGGUGACUCAAGCAACCAGGAGCAAGACUCCAUUGACGUCCUGCUCUCUGAGAUUGACGACGGUUCUAUGCUUGGUCAUAACAGAGAUACUAUUAUCAAAGCAACAGCACAGAUUCUAGUUCUAGCUGGUUCAGACACCACAUCAGCCAGCUUGACAUGGAUUCUCUCUUUACUACUAAACAACCGACGUACAUUGACGCUAGCUCAAGAAGAAUUAGAUCGAACAGUUGAGAGGCAUAGAUGGGUGCAAGACACUGACAUUAAAAAUCUGGGGUACCUCCAAGCCAUUGUCAAAGAAGCACUGCGUCUAUAUCCUCCAGCUCCACUCUCACUUCCACAUGAAGCGAUGGAGGAUUGCGAAAUCGGUGGCUUUCAUAUCCCAAAGGGCACUCAUUUGUUUGUGAAUUUGUUGAAGCUUCAUAGGAACCCAAGUGUGUGGCCAGACCCUGAAGCUUUUUCCCCAGAAAGAUUUCUUACAAGCCAGGCAAGCGUUGAAGCUUCUGGUCAUUUUGAGUUUAUUCCUUUUGGAGCUGGGAGAAGAAUUUGCCCAGGUAUCACUUUUGCAUUUGAGGUUUUGCAUUUGACCACAGCGAGGUUGAUUCAAGGGUUUGAAAUGGCAACAACAGGGGACAAGGUAGUGGAUAUGACGGAAGGAUUCGGAAUUACUAUGCCAAGGGCAACUGCACUAGAAGUUCUCUUAACCCCACGUUUAGCAUCUGAGUUGUAUCCACAAUAGGUAAAACAAUUGGGAUUACCAUGCUCUUGAGAACAAGCAGUUACUCUUCUCAGUUCUCAGUAAACUGACUAAACUCUACUGGCUCAUUUACUGUUUAUAUGUGAUUUGAAUCUUUGGUAAUGUACGUAAGUGAAGACUUGUAGCCUUGUAGGUUUAAUAGUUAAGAAUGCUCA